GGGGUGUGGUCAAGGUGGGAAACAGCAACAGUCAAAAAAUGUGGAGGUAGAGUAGCCUAUGGGCGGAAAAGCCAAAUAUCAUCGCAGCUGUCAGUCCAAAUGGCGCAAAAAGCAAUCAUUAUUGUGCUUCUUUUCAGUUAUUUCCCCUUCUCUUCGCCCGAAAACCAUACCCUGCUUCAUUGUUGCACAGCCAUGUCAGGAUUUGAAGGCUUUCCAGAUUAUAUGGACAUUGAAAUGGUUGAUGGUCAAGACUGGAGCCUUUAUACCAGUAUCACAAAGAUGAAAGUCCCCUUGGAUCCAUUCGUGAAGGAACAUCUGGAUCCAAAGCACUGGGAUAAUAGCACUGAAGAGUCAGCUAGAUUGGAGCUUGUAGUCACCACCAUAUUUGAUUUUAUAAAAUUGCACAACAAUGAGACUGCAGGAGCACAUGUAUUCCAGAUGAGUAUUUCCUGUUGGUGGGAUGAUAAGACUCAUGCCAAAGGUAGUAGUGAGGCAUCUGUGUACGAUGGACUAGACUUCGUAUGGAGUGGACCAGUGGCUCAUGUGUCAAAUGGAUUAUCUGGCAAAGAUGAGAUAGAGCCAACAUACCUGCAGGAGUGCACUGGGCAGCUAAAGAAAUAUGUGACGUCUGGGAAGGAAUACUUGAACAGGAAAGUCCCCCCAGAUGUCUUGCUGUUCUUUAGCUACUCUUCCAACUCUUCAGUGGUGUGCCACGCUACAGGUUUCUACCCUAAGAGAAUGAACAUCACUUGGAAGAAAGAUGGACAGGUGAUGAAAGAGGAUGUGGGGCCGAUACUGCCCAAUGGGGAUGGAACCUUCCAGAUAAGAGCCAUGAUUACUGUGUCACCUGAGGAGAUGAUGAAGAGCAACUUCACCUGUGAGGUGGAACACGUCAGUGGACUGAUCAUCAAGACCCUGAGUGAGGAAAAUGGUUCUUCGAUUGUGAUUGUGAUUGCGAUUUUGGCUGGGAUUGUGAUUGUGGCUGGAAUUGGGAUUGUGGCUGGAAUUGGGAAAUUCUUUUGGACAAGAACGAGGACACAAAAUGAGACUAGACUUGCACCACAGAGGAGACAAGACCAAGAGGCUGCCUCUAAAUGCUGUGUGAAGUUCUCAGAUUUGCAGAAUGGUACAAAUUUGAGUGGAUCUGAUACACCUCUGAUGACAAACCCUGACAAUAUUCCGUGCUACUCCUGAGAAGACAGGAUUUUCAUCCACAAACCUGGUCUGAAAAUGCCUUUUCACACCAGCCUGGCUGCCAUUUUUACAUAACACUGCAUUUCCUCUGUUUUUCAGUUUUAACAACACAAUUUUGUGAGAACUUUAGAGAGUGUGGCUCUUAUAUUUUUGUGUCUUUGAGCUCUUUGUGUCUGUCAGGAUAGUGCUUGUGUCUUUGUGUCUGUCAGGAUAGUGCUUUCUCAAAGGGGCCUCCAAACAGAGCAUUUACUAGUGCUAGCAAUUGAUGAAAUGGAUUUUAUAGGGCUGAAGAUGGCAUAUGGCCACCAGCAAAAGGAACGGGCUGAGGGACCCAAUUGGACUGCCAUUCGAUCAUGGUUGUUAUGGGGAAGUUUCCCUAUAAUAGGCCUACAUGGGUGUAUGUCUCUGAUAUGAUGCCUUACGAGGCCCUGUUUUUGCCAAAAAUGACAAACAGUGACCUCAAUAAAUGAGAAAUUUAGUCAGUCAUCGGUUGUGACAUCCACGUUUUGUGCCGUUUUAGCUGGGGUCAGUGAAGUAAGUCCCCCCACUCGGUGGCCAUCUUGGUAACACACUUUGGGCAGUUAUGGGGCAGCUAUUCCUAUUCAAGUGAAUGGGGAGGCAUACAGGAAGGGACAGGAUAUGUGUAGAGACUACUGCCAUGUUGGCGUCAUGAACUAACCCCAUACAUUUCUAUGGAGGAUUCUUCAGAUCUGUAGGGAAAUAGCUGCAGUAACUGAGAAUACCAUGAGCUCAGUUUUGGAGCUGAAGGUGCCGAUGUUUUCAUUCAGACUGAAAUAUCCAAAAUGAUAAUAUGGUUAUGAAGAUGUUCUGCAUAGCUCUGUGCCAUUUGCAUGUUUUAGCACAAGCAGAAACGUUCACCUGUGCAGUGUCUGCAUAGUUGUAUGUGAAAAUGUUUUAUAUUUUUUAUUUCAAUUGAAUGCAUCUAUUUACAUAUACAACAGUGUAUGUAAAUAACUAAAUAUUUAAAAUAUAGCUAUAUUGCCCAUCAGUAUGAUGGUUGCAGUGUAGGCCUACUCUGUUUUAAUAUAAUAUUUCAGCUAUUUCAGCUGGGUUGUUGGGUACUUGAGAUUUGGCCACUAUUUAUCCAAUAGCAAGGAAUUUGACAUAUUUUCCUGUGUAUACCAAAGAAAAAAUGCAAUAUACUUAAUUGUUUGUCAUACACAAAAAAAAUUGCUUUUUUUUACAACAAACUGUCUAUUCGUUUUUUUGUAUCACUUUAUCACUGUCAGUGGAAAGACUCGUCCAGUCCUCUGUCUUUGCUUUCCUGUUUUUCACUAGGACAUUUACAUAAUGUUUGUUAAAGUCUGUUGGUAAACAAAAAAGAAAUCCACAACCAAGACAUGGUAUUACCUGGGAAAUACAGACAUAUAUUCAUAGCCUAUAUUUAAAUAGUUUCAUCACCAGUCAUGAUAUAU